GGAGAGGAGAACUGAUAUGAUAGCCACCUUCAAAUGUCUUAAGGGCUGUCAAAUGGCAGAUGGAGCGAAAUUGUUUUCUGCUGUUCCAGAGCAUGGGACCUGAACAAGUGGAUUCAAAUGAUCCUGAUGAAGCAUUUGGGAGAAAUUACCAAUAGUAAGAGCUGUUCAGCAGUGGAACAGUCUCCCUCGGGAGGUGGUGGACUGUCCUUCCGUAGAGGUAUUUCAAGAGAGGUUGGAUGGUCAUCUGUCAGAGAUUCUUUGGCUGUGAUUGCAACCUCAAGGCAUAUUGGUUUUCGCAUUCCCAGUGCUGACUACUGCUUUCCAAACAUUUCGUAUCAAAAUCUGAAUUGGUUGUCAACUUUUCUUUUUACCGUCUUUUAUACUUCCUUCUAGACUGUCUUUUAUACUUCCUUCUCUUAAAGGGACUAGAAGAGCUGCCUAUGGAACCAAAUGUAUAGGUCUGGGUUUGCAAGGAUCUUGGACUGCAUAGGCUUGAGCCAUUUUCUAUCUAAAUUCCAUGGUUAGAGUGUAAAACAAGCAUAAAGUCAGCAUAAAGUUUAAAAGGUGAAGGGUUUUUGACCACCAAUGGUGUUUUCCUUUUCCCCCCAGCUAAUAUCUUGUGAUCUCUAAUUAAUCAAGUUGUAAUAACAUCACCAUCUCUAUAAAAGCUGAUAACUUCUGUAUGUACACAGAACUCUACCGAUCAGCUCAGAAGAGAGUCUGGCUGUUGGGGUCCUCUCCAAUACAGUUGCUUUGUUUUUAAUAGGGUAUUGGACAGACUUCAGCCCUAAUCACAAUGUGAAGGCUUGAUUCCACCACAACUCUAUAUGCCCUAGUUUACACGUAAGUCAAGCCAUGGUUUGAUGGGAAUGCAUGAGUGUGGAAGCUGCCAGAUUGAGGCCACUUUGUUCAUCCACAAGUCCUGCUGUGAGUAAGCCAUGCUUUGGCUUAGCAUGUUGCCUGAGCUUGGGCUCAUGAGUUGCUUCCUCCAGAAAAACCUUGAGCUAUAAACUGGAGAGAAACCUUAUUUGUUGCAUGUAGUUUGUCUGGAGCAAGAGAAAUUAUGAGCCUAGAUUCAGGUGACACUAAACUAAAGCAUGGCUUAAGCCAUCUCACAGCAAUGCAACAGCGGGAGGACAAAAGCCAGCCGAAAAUCUGCAAGGCAAAAUAUUUGAAGUUCACCAGUGAGGCAUCACUGACAUUCUAAAUUCCUGACCCUCACACAGGAACACUGCUCAUGUCGUGAACAUCGGUCUUCAAGACUGGAACGCCUAAGACUGGAGAAGUCAAGCUAUGGGUCAAGAUUUUCAAAAUGGAUCUUACUAUAGAUCUUUGUGAAUGAAUGAGGGAAGGACAAUACCAUCAAUCUUUUUCUAGCUGGUGAAGAAUCAGUUGCUCUUCUGGUAAUUAACAAACAAACAAACAAAAACUCCCUGUGAUCCCAAAGAUGGAAAAAGAAAUAAAAAAAACUGAGAAUGAAGAUUCAGCUGAAGUCCAAACAAUUCAACAGUGCCCCCUGACGACAAAGAGAGAAUUAUCCAGGAAUCCCCUACUGUUGGAAAACUGCCUGCCAGAUGCAAUUUCUGAAGCUUCAGUAACCUCCAGCAAUGCCUAUGGGAUGAUGCUGUAUGACGCAAAAGGAAAGGAAAAGGAAACACCGCUAGCCUCUGAUGACCGUGAUAAAAUGGAAUUCGAUUCAAAAAUGAGUGGGAACGGUAAUCAAAAUUAUCGGCAUGGGAAUCAGAAAUUGCAGCUGGUUGAGCAAACAAUGGCACAGAUUUUAGACCUGCCUCUGGAUAGCAUUGACUCGCGCUCCACAGCUUUGCGCUGUCAGGGGAUGCUUCUCAUUCAGGACCUAAGCCAAGUGGAACCUUCUCAUUGGCCUAAAGAGAAGCUGCUCAGCACAUGCAUUGCCAGCGUAUUUGCCUUGCCCUCGGUUGACACCUUACAAAGUCAGAGCAAGGAAGAAGUUGACGUACAGGCAUUGUACAAGCAGACCUUAGAGGCUAUAGAAUCAAUGCUGAAAAGCUUAUUGGCAGAAAGACCAAACAUAGCUGAACUGGCCGCACUCUUAGAACAUUUGAUGCCCUGGAUGAUAUCAGGACAAGCACAUGAGCGGGCAAGAGCAGCGAACACCUAUGUAUCCCUGUUAAAAUUUGCAGCCACCUGCCCCACGUUUCAGGUGUCACCUGAUGGAUGUCCUAAGCUUGGGCGUCUGAUUGGUCAGCUGUGUCUGCGUCUCAAUGACCCCCAAGAGGAAAUUGGUGAACAGGCUAUGGAAGGCAUGUAUUUCCUGUACUCCCUUAUGCUGCGCCAAAAGGGCUUCGAAAACAAAAGUGACUCCCUGGAAGCAGAAGAGAUCCAACUGUAUGAAGAGAUUCUGGGUUCCUAUGACCCUACUACGUCUCAUCAAAAUAUCACCCAUAUUAUUCAGGAAUUUCUGCCGUACCUCACAGCACUACAGAUCACAGAGCUUUUGUUGACCGCUAUAGACUGCCUAAAGGAAGCCAAUAGGAGCACCACUGCGGCAUCACAUGACAUCACAUCUGUAAUCCUGCAGCGAUACGUGCACAGGUUACAUGGGCAGGUGCCGGAAAUUGUGGAUAAGAUCUACCAGCAGCUUGGUUCCAUUUACCAGUACCAGGACAGGCAAAUAAUGAUGUGGGUCCUGGCCCAGCUGGCUCAUACCUACAUGGCAGAAGUAUGCAGUGCCCUUCUCCAGUGCCCUUUACCAAUCGACAGGUAUGCUUCUGAGAUGUGGCACGUGUUGACCAAAACGUGUUCGAAUGAUGACCUAACUCUCCUUGUGAAUGUACUGCUGAAAAAGCUGCAGCUGAGCCCAAAGGUCACGGGAAACUAUAUCACACCUCUGGCUGCUGCCAGCGCUUUUUCGAAGCUGUUAUCUAUGCCCAAAAGUUCGGAAGUGGCCCUCUACAUCUACCCCCGGCUGCUGAUGGCGCUGCUUGUUCAGGUGCACUAUAGCAUCAGGCACAGCGUAAUAAAGAAUUCAGAUUCUCAGGAGGAAUUUGAGCCUGUGGGCUAUAUUGUAGCAGCACUGAAGAUUCUUCUCCUAGCUGUGAGGUGCUAUUGUGAGUUUACUCUUAUUGAGAAGGAGCGGGGCUGGGAGCUCCUCACCAGCUGCGAAGAUCACCAUCGGGGAGUAGGCCUUAUUGCAAGAAUCAUGCUUCAGACCUCCAAUUAUGACCUUUUGAGGAUCUUGUACCUCCUAGUUCCCUUCCUGGAGCGAGGUGAUGAAGAGCACCAGAUCACAGGAUUGGCUUUCUUCAGCGAACUUCUUUGUAUGUCAGAGGCCAGAAGACUUCCCAAACAAUAUUCUUUGUAUCGUCUGAAGCGAGGACUGGCUAAUGAAAACCCAGUCAUCCGGGCAUUGUGUAUCAAAGGACUGGUUAACAUUGCAUACUGGAUAGGAAAGGAGGAAGUAAAGAUUGUAUUGCCUGCCAUGACAAAAGGUCUUUCUGGGAUGGAUGGGCAGCUGUUUGUAGAGGCAGUUGCUGAAAUUGAGAAGAUUCUUAAUGGCCCAGAAGAAGCAGACUGUAUUUGCGAUAUCAGCCUUUCUCUUCAGGAACUAUUCAGUGAUGAAAGAGCAAGUGUCCGUGCUUCCGCCAUAUGUCUUUUUGGGAAAAUGGUGAAGCGGGCUAAGAAAAAUAACAAGCAUGCAAUGAGGCAUCAGGUACUAGAAAACUUGGUUCCAUUACUUCUGCAUCUUGAAGAGGAGGACCCUGACAUCCACAAGGAAUGUAGUUAUGCCUUAAAUGAAUCCUUUCAGUUCCUGGGAUGGAAACUACCGAAGCAGGUUGUCAGCAGGAAAGCUUGGCCUGAGCAUGAAGAAGUUCUGGAUGAAACCUGCCAGUACCUUGUGCAGAAGCAAGAGGCAAAUCUCCAGAGAUUCUUGUACCAGGACCUUUACUACACUCAGAGUGAACUUCUCCCGAUAAAAAGGGCUGCCAUCGUGUUCCUUGGUUUUCUAGUACAACAUAUGGACAGCAAGGCAGGAACUACAGACUUGGAAAUGAUCAUUCAUGCUCUUGAAGGCUUGAUGCAUGACCCAGAUGCUUCUGUGUGCAUAGCUGCAGCACAUGCCCAUGAGCGCGUUUCUUCUGUUCUCUCCAAUCAGAAGGAGAGGCUUGAAAGCAACUGCAAGACGGAGGCCGGCGACACUGCUGCUGAAAAUGCUCUAAGGAGUUCCAGAGCCCUGAAUAGUAUCCGCCACACCCCUUCCAGACUUCUUGCUGUUAUAAACCUCUGGAGAUCGGCCAAUGGAAAUUAAUAUUGGACUGGAAGAGGAGAAAGGAUCUUGGUGUAUAGCUCUCCUAACAGCAACAACAACAAAAAGGCUGUGAAUAUCACUCUUCCUAUACUGAACCUCAGCAAGAACAUUAUAAAGGACCAUAAAAGGAAUUGAUAAUUUACCAGCUACCUGGAUAAUAAAGAACAUCAAUUCCCUACAGAAUCCAGCCUCCUGGACUUUUGCUUGCUAUAGUUACAUCAUGACAGGCUUUUCUAUGAAGAUCAAGGCAUGCAUGCCCUAGUCACUUAUUAGCUUGUAUACAACACUCCUGCAAGCCCCUUUUAAAUAGCAAUGUUGUUGUUUAGUCGUCUUAGGUAAAGGGACCCCUGGCCAUUAGGUCC